UAUUGAGACAAGCACAACAAAAGCGGAUGUUCCUGGCUGGCAAUUUUAUUUCAGCAUCGUUUUAAACAGCAUUUUCUUCAUAUCGACGCUGUAACUUUGACAGACAGUCAAGUGACAGAGUUUGUCGACUGUAGUCUUACAACGGAGUUGUCAUUGGAGAAGUGCAAUCUUUGAAGAAAAGUUGGGUCCGUCAUGGCCUCGCGAAAGAAGGUGCUCUUGAAAGUGAUAAUCCUCGGAGACUCUGGGGUUGGGAAAACUUCACUGAUGAACCAGUAUGUCAAUAAGAAGUUUAGCAACCAGUACAAAGCAACUAUUGGUGCAGAUUUCCUGACUAAGGAAGUGAUGGUGGAUGACAGGCUUGUCACUAUGCAGAUCUGGGACACAGCUGGACAAGAACGAUUUCAGUCACUGGGUGUGGCAUUUUAUCGUGGGGCUGAUUGCUGUGUACUGGUCUAUGAUGUUACUGCACCCAACACAUUCAAAACCCUUGACAGCUGGCGGGACGAGUUCCUUAUCCAAGCCAGCCCGCGAGAUCCAGAGAACUUCCCCUUUGUGGUACUUGGCAACAAGAUUGACCUAGAGAAUCGGCAGGUGACAACAAAAAGAGCUCAGGCAUGGUGUCAGAGCAAGAACAGUAUCCCAUACUUUGAGACCAGUGCCAAAGAGGCUAUCAAUGUCGACCAAGCUUUCCAGACUAUCGCCCGAAACGCCCUCAAACAGGAAUCACAGGUAGAGACGUACGAUUUCCCCGAUCAGAUCAAACUGCGAGAUGACAGACCAGCCUCCUCCAGUGAGGGCUGCAGCUGCUGAGAAGGGACUGACGAGUGGACCAUUAUGAUAGCAAGAACACCAGGUGCGGGGGGGAGAGAGAGGCCAGUGCAUGGGUGGGUUCCCCCUCACCAGUACUCCCAUAUGCAAAGCAUUCAAAAUUUAAAACAAAACAAAAAAAAAGAUUGCAUAUUUUCUUAACUCCCCUACCUAUGUAAAGAUCUCAUAGGACAGAAACCAGUUGCACAGCAUCACUUUUAUUAUAACUACUUUAGAAAAAAACAUGUUUCUAUUAAAUAUACCAUCAUAUGUGAUAAUCAUUAUAUUAGUGUCAGUAUUGUUUUGUUAUGUUUUAUUUUUACCAUUCUCAUGAUUUAUAAAAUCACCGCUUAUGGUGCAGACGGGCAGUGUUCAGCAGCCAUUGGCUUGUCUGCUUGCCUCUGUAUGUCUUUGGUGUGCCUUCCAUCUUCUGUGGUAUUAUUAGGCAGGUGUUGUUACUCUGCCUUAUUGUGUUAUUAUUCCUUGUUUGCCAAAUAUUGUUUUCUGUCACCCAUUCAAACCCAAACCCUCUUCCAUCAACACUGCCCAGCCUGAAAAAGCAGUUCCCCAACAACACUGAUCAAUUGCAGAGAAGCAUAUUGCUUGCAUACAAAAGGCAUGUGCACAGUUGCAAUGUUAUGUACAUGUAACCAUCAUUUAGGUGGGGAAAUGCCUGUGCAAAAGUAACUCUAAAUAAAUCCUCCACGUACAGUAGCUCUUCUUCUUUGAGCUGGUUGACUACCUAACUGUACAUGGCAGAGAUGGUGGGUGGUGGGUUGUUGGAUUAUUUUGGGAGCCUUUUACCUGAACAGUGGCCUAAUUAGGACUUGUUUACUAGACCGGGAUAUCCUAUGUGGCAUCAGGUGAGGUGAUGUAUAUAAAGUCAGAUGCUGGUAUGCCCUGUCUGCCCAGUCCAAAAGCCAAUCAAUCAGACUUGAGACUGUGGAACCAUAUAUCCUGGGAUUUGUUAAGAAAUAAACUCACUUACACACAGUUACAAUAUAUGACAGGCCCCCUUAAAUGAAUGUAUCUAUCUGUCAAACGCCUCUGAAUCCCUCAAAGCCAUGUUAUCGUACGGAAGAACAUUGAAAUGUUGAAUAUACUUUAAGGGUAUAUUCUGUCCAUUUAUUUUUAACAAAACACUUCUUUUGUAUUUUUACAUGGUAAAUGUAAUUAUACAAUGUUCUCAGGAGCACUCACCUAAAGACCAAAUGCUUCAAAAGUUGAUCUUAAAAUUGCCUCAGUAUGUUACCACCUGUCCCGUUACAUUCUCACCAGGGUGUCAACAUGUUAUUUGAUAUGUCCACUUUGGCUGGAUUUUAAAUGUCUGUGUGAAGUAAGACAUCAGACAAAAACUAUUUGAUUGAAAUCCUUGGGACCCCAGCCUGUAACAUUUCUGUUUUGAUUUUGCCCUUUCUUAUAUCCUGUCAACCAGUCCAAUAUAUACAGAUAACGAUACAAUUAAGAUACCCUUGACUCGCAUUGAUGUCUAUUACAGAUAAAUGAACAAAUUUAUGUGUAUGUAUACGUGUUCUUUGGGGUCUUCACCUACAUGCAAAUAUGAUCCAUCAUGUUUAAUCAACUGUCAUUUCUCAAUCAAGUCACAAAAAUAAAUGUUUCCUUAAGGACAUUGA